UACUCCCCUCAACGCUUAACUAUGUAACCUCCAAGUGCACACAACUAAAUGUGAGCACCCACUUACAUGCCACUUACGUUGAAUGAAAUUUAACGUUAUUGUUUCGUCUUCUCUGCAGCUGACUGCCCUGUCACCACACGCUUCUAGCAUGCGUGAAACGAGCUCACGGUCACGGAGCGGACAGCCGCGCCGGUCCGACAGCCAGGCACAGCCGCGCCGGUCCGCGCCACCGUCACCGCAGCCCAAAUCGGGCACCACUAGCCCUUCGGACACGUCGGACUACCACUCGGAUCAGUCGCUAGGCAGCGGGGACCUCCAACAGCAGCAGCAGCAGCAAUUGAGGCCCGCCGUCAUUCGCCGCUGUUCCUUAAUAUGCUCCUCGGGGUCGGAUCAGUUCACAUUUGACAGUCGGGCCGAUCCAAACGACCCUGGAACGCCCAGGGUGCCCAGUGGGCGUAGUAGUGGAGGUGACCUCCCAGGUGUCCACACCAUUAAACGCAACACACUGCUGCAUCCCGAAGGCCAGGCCAACCUUCAACGCUCCGUGUGCGUGAACGGACGCUUCCAGAACCCAUGGCCAACGUGGCGACCUCCCACGGUCACUAACAUCUUCAAGUUUGGCCUGUCGCGCGACAACAGCAACGUGCCUCCAAAGCAGGAGCUGGACUUGGUGUUGCCGGUGCUGAAGCCUCGGUUCCAGGAUCCGCCCAUGGAGGGAGUGCGCAUCACGUGGCUCGGCCACUCCACAGCGCUGCUUCAGAUGAAAGGCGUCAAUGUGCUGACGGACCCUAUGCUGAGCGAGCGCGCCUCGCCCAGCCAGCUACUGGGGCCCAAGCGUUUCCGCGAGGCUCCCUGCACUGUUGCCGACCUGCCUCGAAUUGACGCGGUCGUCAUCUCCCACAACCACUACGACCACCUAGACCUCAACACCGUACACCAGCUCAAUGCCAGGUUUGAAGAAACGUUGCGGUGGUUCGUUCCGCUAGGCCUGACAGCCUGGAUGGAGCAGCUGGGCUGUGAGAACGUGGUGGAGCUCGACUGGUGGCAUGAGGGCCACCUGGCCACCGAGGACAACGACCUCUCAUUUGUCUUCGUGCCAGCGCAGCACUGGUGCAAACGCACUAUCAGCGACGACAACAAGGUGCUGUGGGGAGGUUGGUGUGUGAUCAGCCCAGAGUACCGAUUCUACUUUGCGGGCGACACAGGCUACUGUGACGUGUUCAAGCAAAUUGGCCAGAGAUAUGGACCUUUUGACCUGGCCGCCAUUCCCAUCGGAGCCUACGAACCCAGGUGGUUCAUGAAGUAUCAACACGUAAACCCGGAGGAAGCUGUGCUCAUUCACAAGGAUGUACGCAGCCGUGCCUCGCUGGCAGUGCACUGGGGCACCUUCACACUCGCCAAUGAGUACUACCUCGACCCCCCAGUGAAACUACGAGAAAGUCUCGAUCGACACGGCAUAUCGCCCCGUGAAUUCUUCACCCUCAAACAUGGAGAGUCGCGACUGUUGCACGCGGCACCUCCUAACCGAACGUCUCGUGCGCUACCCUGACGACAGUGAUAAGAUGUGCUGAAGCAGUGCUUGCUGCAUCUUAAACGCUUGGUCUCACGGCAAUGUCCCGAUUACCGGCGCCCCAUCGUGAGCCCAUCGACAACCGGCAACAAUGCGAAAGAAGACAGGCUUGCCACGUCUGGCUGCGCAUGCGACAGUGACACCACUCACGCCCAAAAAGCGGUUGAUUGUAAUCAGCUAGACAAAAAGCCUUCUUCAAAAGCCGCUCCUCUUUUUUUUUCUCUCCUGGUGCAAGCAAUCACGUUGAAGGCUCGGAGGCUUCGUCUUAUGAAGACAUCCACAGCAGCCUUGCAAUCGGCUGCUGCAUUUUGAUUUGUGUGUGUAUGUGUGAGUGUAUGGCAUGUACAAAUGUCUACUGCAGAGUAACUUUUGAAGUGUCGUUUCUGAGGGAAAUCGUCCAACUCUUUUUGAUAGGCACAUACUUUUGAGGGUUGUAAAAUGAAUGACAAUGAAACAAGGCGAUUAACCUGUGCCUUAUGGGAUAGCAGACACUCGCUGCUGCAUCCAAUCAAGGGUGUGUUUUUUUAAAAUGAGUUGUUGUUACUGCUGUUGUGCGUUUGUUAAUUUUCGCUGUUUCUGGUGGUGAAACAAAGAUGGCAGAAAAAAACCUUUUAUAUUUGUCGACUCUGCAUGUUGCACUAAAAAUGUCAGAAAGAACAGCGAUUUGCCUAUUCAAAUGCUGCUUAUCGAAAAGAAAUCAUUUUGCAGUAUUGUUAAGUAUUUUCCUGCACCGUCCUAAAGCUAAAGGCCCUUGCUUGAAAAUAUGCAGUUUAGCACGUUGCCAAGCAGUUAAAGUUUUACGUCAUCCUACGCGCGGAGCAUUUGUGGUGCACACCUACAUGAGUAGAAUUAUUUCCAUUUUUACGAAUAUCUGAGACCUAUUCGCUCGAAAGAAGCUGGUCAUGCCUUUGCCAGUUCAUUCAGAGCAUUUACACAACAUCGAAGUCAAGGUAAACUUCCACACCAAGCUCUCUCUGCUAUUGAUUUUUGCCUGCUACACCACACCCUGUGUGAAUAUGUUGUCUUAUCUCAGAGAGUAUCUCCAUGAUUUUGUUGUGAUAACGAUCAUCAAGUAAUCAGUGACCGGUGAACUGCUCUGCCCCGGUGAGGUGACUAACAAAGCAGCUAAAUAGAAUGUAACUAGCAUUCAGCGUUUUUAGGUGCCACGAUUUUCUCACUUUGGCCCAUAACUCGCUUUUUAAUGGCCACAUUUUUCACAUAUUGUUGUUCUUGCAAACAAAAAAACAUAUAUAAAAAAGGUACACAACUUGUUAAGAAACUCGGUUAACACUAUAGUAAGCAUUCACUCAAUUUCAUUGAUUUAUUAGCUUACGAACCUUAUACAAUGUUCACCAUUUGUUGCUGCAGUGACAUGUAUGCGUGUAAUUUUGUUAUGGUGACUUGUCCAUGUUUCAUCCAAGUGCAUUCACGAUUCCCAAAAGAAAUGGUUUGUUUGACAUGGCCAGUGUCUGUAAAUCAUUACUGCAGAUUCAUGUAUUUGUCUGGCUGCAAGAAAGUUGUUGGCUUCUCGUACUUGUGAGCAAGCAUAAUUCGAGUGCAUAUCCGGUGUACGCGUUGCUGUAACGAUACAUGUUCUGCUGCUGUUGCUGAUAGCGUAACAGUAUGACAGCAUUCACACACUUGAGAUUUCGCAUUUUUGCAUUUGUAUCUCUUUAGUCAAUUUGGUGACAUUCGAUGUCCUGAAGCAUUUUUUUUUCCAAGUACAGAGAUGUAUGACAUGUUACAUACAGUUCCGAAAUUUUCUCGUGCCUCACUACAUGAGAAGGAGUUUCUACGAAUGUACUAACCGGUGUCUAAUGUGAUGUUGUUCGUUUAAAGUGUAACUGCAAAGCAAAACAGAGUAAGCGGUGCUCACAUAAUGUUUACGCAGUAUGCAUCACUUGUACGCUGUCCCUCUCAAGAAGUCUCAUCUGUGUAAACUCAUUUUUGCAAUGUCAGGAUGAACUUCAUGCCAUGGAAAUGGCGCUUUACUGCUCUCUAUUAUUUUUUUUCCCGCAGCUCACAGCUUCAAAGUGUUUCAUUGUUUGAAUAAUGUUCCACAUGUCCAACCCUACGUAUGCCAUGCCAUGUCAAACGGAGGUUCCUUUACAAUUUUAUUGAAACUGGAACUGCGCUUAUGACACGUUCAAGAUAACGUGCUUUAGCAUGGAGAGUAUGAAUAUCGAGUACUCACAGAAGUCGUUAACAUAGCAAUCUUUGUUCUCAGUUCAAGUGCCUCGGUUCAAGUGACUUAUGAAGGCACAAUUGCUCUCAUGGCUUGCAAACUUUUUAAAAUUAAAGAUGCGAGACAUAUUGGUUUUAAAUGUCAGCUGUGGAAUGUAACGUACAUAAUUAUUACGUGAGCAACAUACCCUCUGACAGCAGCAAAGAUGGAACAGCGAAUGUCUUGCAGUUUAAUUUAAGCACUAUGAGAAAGUGCUGCAAAAUAUCACACAUGAACAAUUUCAUUUAAAUGUAAAAAAAAUUUACACAUUUUUUUCAAGAUAACAAGUUGUAACAUGCAAAACAUUCAAUGGAGUGAAACAGAGGGCAAAAUACCAAAUGCGACUUAUUUAUUGGUAUUGCUAUAACAAUGAAUAACCAACAUUAGCCAAUAGUUCACCAGCGUUAGGCAGUGCUAACCAGUACAAGCCACUGCUGCUAAUAUGUUCAAGGCUCCUUCACAUGAAAAACGCAAUUUUUUCUAAAUAUUAAAUAUAUGUUCAAGGCUCCUUCACAAGAAGUACACAAUUUCUUCUCAAUAUUAUAUAAUAUUUAGUGUAUAUUUUGUCACUACAACAAUUUUAAGUGAGUUCAUAUGUGCUAUUUCACCCUGCUCGAGAUUUUAUUUUUUCUGUUUUUUUAGCAUGUAACUUUGUUUUCUUGAUGUGAACUUCAAGCUGCUUCUAAGAUCCCAAUCUGGCUUUUAUACAAUGCUUCAGAUCAGUAUUGGUAACAAAAUUUCGUUAGAGAUCACUUUAAUUAAAGAAAUUCCAAUUUCCCUCUACUUACUGAAAGACCAUUUUAUUGAAAGUCUUUGAACAAGUCUCUCAGUACCGCUAUGCCUAAUCUGCGGGAAAGUCCGUGCGUUAACAUAUCACCAAACGAACACGAUUACAAGCGAGCUGUGUGCUGACAUCUGGGGCAGUGUGUUCCAGCGAAGAGUCUUUGAUAAGGGAUGCGUUGCAUUUAAUAAGAACGUUUUCUUCACUUUUUAGGCUAGUUAAUCAAGCACAAGUCAAACGAGGGCUCACUGCUUUUAUGUGCUUUCACAAGCAUUUGUAUGGCGGUGCUAAUUGACGCAUCACAUGGCACCCAUCUUGGUUAAAAAUUUGUCCUAAGCACGACUUUAUGAAAAAGCAGAGGACAAGGUGACACAAGUGCAUACCUACAUCAACUAGCCUUACUGGACAUUCUUUCCAAUGCCUUAAUUUUUUUUUUUUUCUGGGGCACUAAUAUUCAAAGCGUAUAACACUUUGCAUUUAGAAAUGCGAAAGAAAAGUCGGAAGUUUUUGCCAGAGAGAAGUGCUAAUGUUUAUGAACAUAAUUUUUUUUUGGGGGGGAGGGCUUCAGAAGUGGAAUAUUGGGUUGGGAACCACCCCCCAUCCCCUCUUACGCCCCCUUCUUGUUUCGACUACCCCCGGCUUCUGUUAUCCUCACACGGGACAAACCUAAUAUUCGCACCAAUCCGUACAGUGACUCUUACUGCUGACCCGUAACCAAUAGAUCAGUCACUUAUAAGCCAUGAAUGUGCACAGAUUCUUUAUGGCCACAAAUUCCCUGAUCCCCGAGAUCACGUUCCCAUCAGGGCCCAUUUUUCAUAUCUGAAUCGUUGUUAGAGUUAUCCAAACCAGGUGCAGAAGCAUUCUCCUUUUUGCUGAGCCAUCAUUUAAAUCUUAUAUGGCACAUUGCAUUGCUGUUCUUAGCCUUAGAGUACUGUUAACGGGCGAUUGGCAAGAUGCAAAUUACCGCAUUACGGGGAAGCCGACCGAAUCUUUCACAUCUGCAAAUGCUUCUAGCCCCUCACCCUACCUCUCCCCCCACUUAGAAAGCACUUCUGAAUCCUGUGGUUUUCCAUGCGAUGACAAGUUCUCACAGUAUCAGAAUUCUUACAGAAUUCUGAGCGUGAGUGCUGUCUCAGGUUUUUUUAAGUACUGCUUUGAUUUUCUUAUUGUAUUGCACCAAGUUCAGCUUUUUUGUACUGAUGUGCGAUAAGGUGAUGAAGGUUUUGUCAGUAUUUGUUGUGUUUUUUUCUUCGCUAUAGAAUCUUCCUCUCAUUGUCCUUUGCUUCUUCUGUUCCAAGAACAAGUCAAAUAUCCUCCCCGUGGCGGAAACACCCGAGCAAAGAUUUAACCAAAAAUUGUGCCUUGGCAAUUGUUUUUUGCAUUUUCCCACUGGCACAUCAUAGAGAAUUGCACUAGGUUUCAGACAAGUCAAUAGUUGGAGCGAGACGCAGCAUGAGGAACACUAGAGUGACUACAGUACUAGCAGGGUGAGGCACACUACCCAUGGCACAAUCUGUACAAAGCAGCAGCGGCUAAGAUCAUCAGCCCAUUAUUAUGCGGCGUUCCUAUGACAUCUAAUCGAAAUGCAGAAAGAUUACUUUUACAGAGGGUGCGCCAAAUAAUAACUCUGAGGAAUAAAAUUGAUGAUCCAUAUAAUGUAGCCAACUGAAGCCAGUUAACAAGGUUAACAGAAGUAAAAUGAGAAGGAAAUACAAAAUAUGGAGUGAUAUAGCUCCAAAUUCCUUGGGUGGCUUUCCUAAAAACUUUGUUUCGGCUUUGACUUGUUGGAACAGUGUUGAUUUUUGGUUACUUCAGUCGAAAAUGAAAGAAAGACCAGUUUGCCGGGUAGUCUCGAAAACUUGACGCAUGACGCUACGUGAUGAUGCUGCUGGCUUAACCAAUAAGCAUACCAGUGGUGCCGCCCGGUGUACCGGUGACAGUGCCAACGAUUGAAACCGCACAUGACUACUGGACAUGACGGUGGCAUGAACGGUGCAAAAUCGACUUGCAAAAAAUGAUGAAAGCAUGUGAAAGGUCAGUUAUGCACUGUUAACACUGCCUACCAUUCACAAGCUACAGCCAACUAGGUCACAUUACCAUUUGUAUACUGCUACGCAAGAAAAUUAUAAAGAAAAAGUCUGACGUUCACUAGCAUUUAUCCAUUAGCCAGUCUUUCACUGAACAAACACUAGAAGAGUUCAGAAGAGGGAACUACUGAGCUUAUAAAGUACAACAUUCUCCAUACUACACGGGAAUAAUCUGCAGAUUCAUCCAUUUCAACGUUUACGUCCAGCAUACAGCAAAGAACGUACCCUGCCCCCUGACAAACUGUGAUUCUUUUAGGAUGUAUCAGAUGGAAAAUGCUAAUAGAAAUUUUAAUUGCAUUUUGCCUCUUUCAUGCUUCUUUUCUGUCAAGCAUGAAGAAACACACAGAUGUGGAAAAUUUUCUAAAGAGAAGGGUAUUGGGCGGUGAGCAUUGAAUUGGGUGUGCGAACCAUCAAUGCCUUGGAGCAAGGAGUGCAGAAAUGAGCCUGCCGAUAUAGUUAAUUAAAAAAAACAUGAUUGAAAUUAUCGUUUAGUCACGGCACAUUUGUUUGAAUAUGUCCUACUAAUUUAUAUAAUAAAAGUCAAGUUUUUGUUUUGUAAAACAAAUUCGACAUCUGUGUGUCUGCACUAACACAUCCUAAAGCAGUGGGUUCACCUCUUCGUCAUAGUUUUUUUUUUUUUCACAUCAGUUCUAGUCUUCAAAAGGCUGGAUGGGUGAUUCUCAAAAAUGCUAGACAUCUAACAUGGUUAAUUUUUUCAUGGGUGACAUUACUGCAGAGGAUUUUUUCUAUAGUCCAUAAUCUGUAAACUUUCGCACAAGAACUUGAUGAACUAUGGGAAUUCUUAUGUUAUUCUACGCAUUGAUCUUUUACUGGGAAAGGCGUAACUGGUCAGAAUCAUGUUUUACUGGGAAGGGUUUAAUUACUAUAAAUGUGUGAAUAAUUAAACUAUGCUCUAAAGUAUGUACUAUAACAAUUAAGCACACCAAGUGAAGAAAAGAGCAUUUAUUACUUAUGCGGACUCUGACACUCUAUUGUGGGGCUUUUUCGUGGGCUCAUGCCUUCUAGGCCAACGCAGUUUUUCUGCAUUAGGAGCAUACGUGUGAUACAAUAUAUAGCCCACAAUAAGGCACAGACAAGGCUAACCAGGGGGUUGUUCUUUACUUAUGCUAAAAAUGACACACAUGCUAAACAACCCCGGUUAACAUCAUCAUUGUAUAGUUGAUUGCGCAACUGGCCAGUUAAACUGCACUGUAAUCACAGACCCACCUCUUUAACUCGUCAAGCAUCAAUGAGCAAAAAGAAUACUGUUUUACUCGAAGGCGAAAAUUUGUUUCCUUAAAGCAAGCACAGUGAGACACACGUUGUGCAAACAACACAAAAAAAGGUACAUGCAUAACGAAGCCACUAGCGACAUGACAUGUAUGAUGAAGACCGAUCAUAAUGUUUGUUCCCACGUGUCAACGAACGCUGCCUUCAUGUUAAUAUGUCAGCAUGGAACAAUGCAUAGCCCAUAAAAAUUAAGUUUUCUUCUGUCACUAGACACAAUGUGACCAUGCUGCUUGUUAUACUGUGCACUUAAGCAUUACUAUACAAUAUAACUAAACACCUGUUGUAGCAAGUGUUACAAGGCUCAUUCAUGCAUGUCUCUCUCCAAAUCUUUUUUUUUUCUUUGACUGUGCACCUGGUAACUGGCCCUUACUCUGUAUAAUUUUGUACAACGAAGUGUAAAACAUUGUCUAGAACUAGCUGUUCAAAGUGACGCUCUUACUGUAUCUGAAGCCCUUUGUCUCGGUGCCUGCAGCUCUAAGGAAUUGCCAGGGCCGAGCUCAUGAAAAACAUAUUUUUUAGUGCCUACAGUGACUCGUCAAAAUUUGCAAGAUCAGUACCCAAGUGCACUGUUGAAUUGAACAAUAAAGAGUUUAGUCUUGUUAUACA